AUGGCAGGUGAAGCAAAGCCAGCGGGAAAGGCCAAGAAGUUCAUCAAGAAGACGAAGCAGCCGGUACGGCUGUAUGCCAAGGGCCUGAUCCUGGGUUACAAGCGUAGCAAGUCCAACUGCUACGCCAGCUGCACCCUUCUCAAGAUUGAUGGCGUUCGAACCAAGGAAGACACGCAGUUCUACAUCGGCAAGCGUGUGGCUUAUGUCUACAAGGCGAAGAAGGAGGUGAAGCACAGCAAGUUCCGAGUGAUGUGGGGCAAGAUUCGCCGCUCUCACGGCAACUCGGGCGUUGUGCGUGCGAAGUUUGUGAAGAACAUCCCUCCAAAGGCAUUCGGCGCCCCAUGCCGCGUGAUGCUUUACCCAAGCAGCAUCUGA